AUGGCUGACCGGAGGCCUGCUGCUGCCGCUGGUUCUCGCGGCGCCACCGCCGCACCGAAGAAGUACGGAGAUCGUCGAUACAGAGGCAAGCACCCUCGAGAGGGAGCCGCGGCAGCGGCAGCGUCUGUGCCCGACGACGAGACCUACGAAGAGGAAUGGGCCGACGAGUGGGCUGGUGAGGACUGGGCCGAGGACGACGACGAGGAGUCGGAGAUUCCACCGAGUUCGGCGGAGUUUCGACGCACCCGAGGUGAUCGCAAGAAGUGGCGCGGAGGACCAUGCCCAGCCCCACCUCCACUCGAGGCCAGGUUUCAGAAUAUAUACAAGCAGCCGAGAUACUACCAGAAGUGGGUUAGGAAAGUACACAUGUGGAAGGCCAGGGCGCGACACUACAAGCCGAUGGCCGAACUGGCCCUGGACCUUUCAGACGUCAUCACGGGUGAAGGCGCAGAGAUGAUCGAGUCCUUGGAGUGGACCCGGUUGUAUUCACAGGAUGGUAUUGAUUUGGUGAUCAACUCCCUCGCCGUGUUUGAUGAACAGCAGAUCCUACAGGUUGGAGACCUCAUGGAAGAGUAUGAAGAAGUGGAGCGUCUGCCCGGUGAGCUGCUGGCUGCAUACGUCGCGCAUUUCAAGGAUCUCGAGAUGCGGCUCAAGCGGGCAGAGCUCCCAGCUCAGCAAGGACAAUUUCGAGCAUUCAAGUUGUUGCGAAGUUCAUGUUUAUCGCCGGAGGUCCGGCGCAACCUUCUCCUCGCCACGGGCAAUGAGUAUGACUUCGACCGCCUGGUUCAGGCUGACAUUAUUCCCGAGGACGAGGCUGAGGAGAACGAAGAUGAAGAUGACCCCGAUCAAGCAGAAGUCAAUGAGGCUUACGCCGAGGAGGUUGACAGUAUCCAGGUCAUGCAGGAGGUGGCGGACGCUUUGACCGUCACCAGCGACAAGUUGAAGAAGCUGACCUUGGGCCGCGGGUGGACCGGAAGCGCCGCCCGGCAGGCCGCCGCAGACAUCGUCAGCACCGCCACAGAGAGGCACUGCGACGCCGCCGGCCGGCACGUCUUUUUCAGGAAGCAUUCGUGGAACAUUUACGGGAGACCGAUCCGGAGAUUCAAGAGCACCGGCGGCAUCUCAGAGGCCAGGGUUUCGCCAGACGUCUUCGAGGACCGGCUACAAGUCACGCACCUCUCGCCCGACGAGCUGCAGCAGCGCGUGGCCGCCUUCAAGAGCAGGGUCGCCACCAGCGACAAGGGGGCCUCCCACGUUCGAUUUCAGGCAACGCCAGAAGUGCGUCAGUUUUCCGUGGAUUCUCGCGGAGCUCAGGCGGCGAGAAGCGGGACAAAAUCAUCGCAUCAGGUCGACGUCAUCUGGCAUGUCCGGACGCCCCUGGACGUUUGCUUCCUCGAGGAUUCCCAGGGUUUCUACAUUGUCAUCGACACAGGUUGCCAGCGCAACGUUGUGGGCUACGAGUGUUUGGGAAAGUUUCUGGAACAUAUUGCCUACCUGGGAUUGAGUUUCUGGGAAGCUGAGGAGCAAGAGAGGCUUCGGUUUGGAGUCAGUCGUGCGGUGAGCAAAUCUGUGGUGUAUUUCCCGAUAUGUCUUGAACAUGUGGUGCCCCUGGUUUGCCGUACCUCAGUCUUGGACGUGAACCCUAAGUUGCCUUUCUUGGGAUCGUUACCGAUGCGGAAGCUCCUGGGCCUCCAGCUGGACACCUUGGGGGAAAGGGCUCAUUUCACCAAGAUCAACCUGUGCGACGUGCCCUUGAAGAUUGCCCCGAAUGGCCACUUGCUUCUGAGAGUCGACUCUUGGUUGAAGGAUGUGGGGUUCCCAAGGGGGCCCGAGGCCUGGAAGUUCACCCCCUCGGACGUCAUCAUCCCGGAGCCCCAGUGGAUCCCAGAGGCACCAGCCUGUGUUUCCGGAGAGAGUUGUGCUCAAGCCGAGUCUCAGCCUAUGCAGUUUUCACGCGCAGCACUGUGUGCUCUUACAUCUACUCACCGCGGGCUGCGUCAGCCUCGCGAAGUCCUGCCCUCCGUGCCAGACGGCUGUAACCUGACCGACGCCACGCCCGUGUUCGAGAGCAUCCUCGUUCAGCUGACGAGGCAGAACCUGGCGAUCAACGCGUGGACGAACCUGAUGCAGCUGAUCAUGAACCACCUGUCGCACAUCAUCGGUCGCAGUCGCGAGCAGUUCCGGCAGAACACGGAGAUGUCGAACCGGAUGAUGGGCGCGAUCGCGCAGAUGGGCCACGAGAUGGGCUACCUGACACCGAUGGCGGACUCAGUGAAGGCGAUCGCGAGAGGAGCCGCACAGGUUCCAGAGAGCGUGCUGCCACCGCCGCCGGCACCAGAGGAUCAAGCCCAGAACUACUCACAGCUGUGCGAGAAGAGGGACGUGUGCGCCCAUCCGACAACGAGGAGGUACUACGCCAAGGGGUACUGGCUGAUCUGCGACCAGUGCGGCCGGCGGUGGAAGUCGGUCAACGGGAAGAGCUGCUUCAACAAUGCCGAAUCGCCCGGUCAAGUCUUCGGCGAGCUCGAGCCAGGGUCGUACGCGGACCAAGGCGGAGCCAAGGUCACCCUCGGAGCAGCCUCCCCCGCGUCGGGGACCGAGAUGGUGAAGAGAGGCGCCUGGAAGCGCCUUCUCGGCAUUGCUAAGAAGACGACCGCAGCCUGCGAGACGCUUAUUAACGUGAGUCAAGAUGCCGAUCGCCGAGCUGCAGAUUUACGAGACGCGGAAUGGUGCUGUUCAGACGUGGCCUUCAUGGACAUUCCCGUUCCUGAGUUGCCCGACCACCGGCACCUGGACAACGAGUGCCAGGCGUGCGGCACCGACCUCAUCGAGGGCUGCGCAGGGACAGCAAGACCUACGCGACUAGCUUCACGCUUUGAGCUGAGGGCCUCGCCGAGCGCCGACAUAGAGGACGGCUGGGACUUGUCAACUACGCGAGGUGCUCAGAGAUGGAAAGAUCAGAUACUGAAAGACAAGCCACUCUACGUGAUCGUAGGCUUCCCCUGCACGCUCUGGUGCUCCUACAAUGUCAAUGUGAAUUACGUCGACCAUCCCGAGUUGCUUGAGAGACUUCGUGCUCGGGACCGACGGUUGAUUGACUUGAUCAAGUGGACCAUCAAGUACCAGGUGAAGCAUGGCCGGUUCUUCUUGUUCGAGAACCCGCCGACGUCAGCGAUCUGGAAGGACCUCCAGUUCGCCCCGCUCCUGCCUUUGGGCGAGACCGUUAUUGGCCAUGGGUGCCAGUACGGGAAGACAGGCAAGACUGGCCUGCCGAUUCGCAAGGCGCAUCGCUGGUUCUCCAACUCGCCGCCCGCGCUUGCGGCUCUGAGCCGCCGCUGCCCAGGACUUCGUCCGGAGUCCGGGGGCCACUUGCACGAUCAGAUUGAGAACUCGAAGUGGACAAAGGCCAGCGGCGAGUACACCGACGAGAUGGCCCACGCGAUGCUCCACGCGAUCCAGCAGGUCGCCGCCCAGAGGAAUCCGAGCAGGUUGGCCGACAUGCCGGUUGCGGCUACCGAGUGGGAGGUCGCCUACAACCACGCAGGUCCCAUCGAGGUGCUGUUCGCCUCGCCAGAGAAGGACCCCACCAGGUGGGAGGCGGUCAUGCAGGGCGUCCGACAGAUCGUGGGCGGUUCCGCCAGCCGAGCUCGUCCCGUGUCCGGGGGCCACUUGCACGAUCAGAUUGAGAACUCGAAGUGGACAAAGGCCAGCGGCGAGUACACCGACGAGAUGGCCCACGCGAUGCUCCACGCGAUCCAGCAGGUCGCCGCCCAGAGGAAUCCGAGCAGGUUGGCCGACAUGCCGGUUGCGGCUACCGAGUGGGAGGUCGCCUACAACCACGCAGGUCCCAUCGAGGUGCUGUUCGCCUCGCCAGAGAAGGACCCCACCAGGUGGGAGGCGGUCAUGCAGGGCGUCCGACAGAUCGUGGGCGGUUCCGCCAGCCGAGGCGGGAACAAGGCCAUGCAUUACCUUUCGAAGUCGUCCGCGCUCUGGAGACAGAUUAGCCAGCUCGUCCCGUGGGACCUCACGAUGAUCCAGCUCGCGAAGUCAGCCAAGCAAAGGAGGUUCCCCAUCAACAAGGAGCCGUGGUCUCACCGUGGUCACUGCUACGUGGACGAGAAGGGACAUUACCAUAUCGAAGCCGAGGACCUGGUUGACGUGGCCUUCCCGACGUUGGCCUUGUCGCCGCCCGCGGACCUAGCCGUUUUCUUCUUCGGCUAUGCCAAGCAGGAGUCCCUCCCGCAGGAGCCUGACACGUCACAGAUAGAGAAGCGAAUGCCGCUUCCCCCGGACCCGAACGACCCGAUGCUGCCGAACAACAGCCUGCCGCCCGACGAGGACGACGACCUGCAGGACGUCCCGAUCGCUCGGAUGCCUGACGCGUCCGGCGGUAUGGCUGGUAUACGUUUUGUUGGAGUGACAAAGGAGCAGUGUCCUCGCGAAGUUCGCCAGCCUGUCGCUCGUAUGCACUGUAACUUGGGACAUCCGGUGCCCAGCGAGUUCUUCCAGUUCCUGGCUCAGAGAGGCGCCUCGCAGGCCACGCUGCUGUGCGCCAGAGCGCUGAGGUGCCCGGCGUGCCUUCGUCGCAAACGGCCUCAGCGACAGCGGGAGUCACAGAUUCCAAGGGUGGGUCUGUUCAACGACUUAGUCAAGGGCGACUUGUUCUACGUCAUGACCCACGACGGAGACGUCUGGGAGAAGUUCCAGACGUGCUGGCUCACCCCGUUCGGGAUUAUGCAGAUUCUGGUUGUCGACAGGGACGGCGCCUUCGAAGCCGUGUUCAUGGACAACUGCCACACGUUGGGAAUCGACGUGAGGUACGUGCCGCCGGGAGCUCACUGGCAGUUGGGCCUGGCCGAAUCCGGCAACUACGCCUGGCGCCGAGUCUUCGAGAAGGUGAUCGACGUCAUCCUGCCGACGAUGCCAGAGCACGUGGACCUUGCGAUCAUCUCGACGAGCCACGCCGUGAACCAGUCAGUGCGCCGAGCAGGCCGCACCGCCUAUGCCGCCGCCUUCGGACGGGUACCCACGCUUCCGACCGAGCUCUUGGCUGACACCACGUCCGCCGAGUUCUGGCACAAUUGCACCCAGGAUGAGAUGCUGGCCUACGGGGGGAGAUGCCGCAUUGAGGCGCUCAAGGCGAUCGCCGACCUGGAGGCCGACGAGGCGCUGCGCACCUCCAUCCUCCGCCAGCCUGUCAACCGCAAGGAGUACGACUUCCUCUCGGGACAGCGCGUGGCAGCCUGGGGCGAGCAUGGUCGCAAGCGACGGGGCAAGACGCCCGUGGCAGGGUAUCGCCCAGGCAUUUUCUGUUUCUGGGAUUCCGGCACCAACGGCUACGGCGAGGGCGAGUCUGCCUGGUUGCGGAUCGGGCACCGCACUGUGCAGGUGGCCCGCGAACACAUACGCCCAGCCGUCGGUUUCGAGGGCUGGACCCCUUCCGAGGAGGACCUCAAGGAGCUCAAGACGGCCGAGCAGGACUUGGCGAAGGCCGGCCAGGGCGACGCUUCGCCAGAGCGGUACCCGGCGUCGAGCCCAGAGUCGAGCCGAAGGCGAAGCUCCAGAGCCCGCUGCGCCCUUUCCGUGGCCGGCACCGCCUCAGUUUGGACCAGUCAGAACACGAGAGCGCUCUGCGACGCCCACGCCGAGGAGAUCAGCACCUCAUACCCGCGAGUCGUCCGCAGCUCGACCACCAUCGAGCGGUUCGGCACCUUCGACGGUUAUCGCACCACCACCGGAGACCCGCGUGUUCUCGAGCCUGGCGGAGUCCAGGAGGCCUACGAGGCGCACCUCUUGCCCAUCGAGAACUUCGAGAACGACCCGAUCGAUGACAGCGAGCCGGACGACGACUGGACAAACUGCCUGUACAUGACCUACCACGAGCUCUCCGACCUCAGGGACGGCGAGAUGGACGUGGACUGUGCGACAGCACAGGUGGGCGACACGACGGACUCGAACAACCUGUCGAGACGCGAGCAGCGUCAACUGGAUCGUGAAAUCCCCUGGCGGGAGAUCGCAGAGUACCCGGAGGACCAGUUCAUGGAGUACGUCAAGAGUCAAGGCCUUGCGCAAGGAGUGCCAGAACUGGGACACCUGGAAGCCAAGGCUCGCCCGGUGUUGCUGGGGUUCUCCGACCCCGACCUGGAGAAGUUGCCGCGUAACGCCCCGGUGCUGACCGAUGCUGGCAAGAAGCUGAUCUGCCAGAUCGCGGUCUCGAAUGACUGGCGAGUCGGGACCGGAGACGCGGAGAGCGCCUUUCUCCAGGGAGGCGCCCAGAGCGAGCGCGAAGAGGCGAUCUACAUGAUUCCGCCCAAGGACCCGAUAGUUCAAGCCGCCGGAGUCUUCACCGCCCCACUCUACGAGGUGGUCGGCAACCUGUACGGUCAGUCGACGGCGCCGUACCUAUGGUACAAGCACGUGGUGACGACCUUCCUGGCGCUGGGCAGCAAGCUCCACAGCCUCGAUUCAGCUCUCUUCCUGUGGUUUUUUCCGAACAAUGAGUUGGCUUGCGCGGUGGGUAUGCACGUGGACGAUGCUCUUGCGGCACACCAUCCCAAGUUCGACUUCACCCCGAUCGAGAAGGCUAUUAAAUGGCGAGGCUGGCAGUGGGACAACUUCGUCUUCCUCGGCGAGGAGUACCAGCGCCUACGUCAAGGUCCGUACAGCGGAAGUUUGUUUGUUCAUCAAGCGGCCUACACUAAGGCGAUUGCAGUCACGAAGGUUGGAGUUAUGUCCAGCACUCGGUCUUCUUCUAAGCUGACGCGCUCUGAGCGCGAAGAUCUGGAGUCUGCUGUCGGUUCGCUCCAGUGGUUGUCCGGACACACACGUCCAGACCUGUCAGCCGCGGUUUCCCUUGUCCAGAGGACCGACCCCGAGCUGAACGACCUACGGAUGGCCAUGAAGCACGUAGAGUACGCGCACCGCACAGCCCAGACUGGCAUCCUGAUCGUCCGCGUCGAUUUGAGCCGCGCCUGCUUUGUGAGUUUUGCAGACAGCUCAUGGGCGAACGCUCCAGGAUUGAAGACCCAGAUCGGCACCCUCAUCUUUCUGGCAGACAAGGUGAUACUCACCGGACCCACGUCAUGUACUCUCUUGUUUCACAAGUCCAAGAGAACGCCGAGAGUGGUGAGAUCUACGCUGGCUGGGGAAGCUAUCGCGCAGGACCUGGGAGUGGACUACGCGUCGCACUUGUCGAAGUUCCUGUCCGAGAUGUUGACUGGACGGCCUGCUGGCCGACACCCACCGAUCUUCGAGGUUAUCACCGUUACCGACUGCAAGUCUCUGCACGAUGCCCUCCACCAGCUCACACCGAGUUUGUCUGAGAAACGUACUGUGUUCGACGUGAUUUCCAUUCGUGACGAGGUGAAGGUCAAGAACGUCAGAUGGAUCCCUACGACGCACAUGAUAGCCGACGGCAUGACCAAGGAGGAUCCGAAGCUUCGUGAGAAUCUGACCAAGUUCCUGGCGGAUCCAGUGCUGUCGCUCGUGGAGUCGAUUGCUUGCGAGGAGCUGACCGGUGGGGAUGGCCAAGUACAGAAGAAGUGA